GCGCACCGCGCUCGUGCACGCCUCCAGAAGUUCGAGCGAGAGGCAAAAUGGCGGAACUCGAGGAUGUUACGUUAGACGGAAAACCGCUUCAUUCGCUUCGUGUUGCGGAUUUAAAAACCGCCCUGGAAGAAAGAGGGCUCGCAAAAAGUGGACAGAAAAAUGCACUUAUUAAACGACUGAAAGGGGCACUGAUGUUGGAGAAUCUCCAACGAUCUUCAACCUGUCACAGUGGUAUUCAGCCCAACUCACAGAUUGGAGAGGAGAUGAGUCAGAACAGCUUUAUAAAGCAGUACUUGGCCAAACAGCAGGAGCUCCUCAGACAGAGACUGGAGAGAGAAGCCCGGGAGGCCACCGAGGCAGACGAGUCACAGAGUCCUGCAGGCCCAGAGGAGGAUGACAACGAUAGCACUUCAUUCUUAUUAGAGAAACAUCACAUUGCACAUGCUCAUCUGUCAGCUGGAGGAGGGCUCCCACAGGACCCUGGGUUAGUAGGAUCACAGAAGUUAGAUACAGGCCCUGUUCCUGUCUCCCAAGAGUCAUCUGACAGUAAAGCUGGGAGGAUCUGGCAUCCUUCUUUCCCCUCUGGACAUGAGGAUGUCGCUACACCCUCCCCUCCACGAGCAGUUGCCUCCUUGUCUGUACGUGUGGUUGGACAACCUGAGCGCCAAGGCCUGCCGCCUCGUUCACAAGAAAGAGAGGGAACGGCCCCAGUUGAAGCAGGUCCUGCCCAUUCAAUGCUGCAGCUCAGUCGUUCUGCAAGGGCAGCAGGUGGUGCUCAAGUUGACAGUGAUGAUGAUGAUGAUGAAGAGGACGAUGAUGACAGUGAGGACGAUGAUGAGUGGGGUCCGGCCUCGCAUGGGAAGAAGAACGUACGGGCUCCUCCAGCACGUGCUCCACCAGCCGCUGCCCCCCAACGCUCCCGUCGAAAACUUCAGCCCCCACAACACAUCCCUCCCCAGCUUCAGCCAGUCCUCCAGCCACCUCUGCAGCUCCGUCAGCCCACUCCUCCACCAUCUCCACCUCCAGAGCUCUCAUUCCCAUUACCUGAUACUCCCAAACAGAGUCCACAUGACCAAGAUGAGCCAGCGGGCCUAGCGGAAGCUGCUGUUCCAGGGCCAGGCAUGGUCUCUCCUCCAUCCCUCACACGACAGGAGUCAAGCUCCAGUUCUAGAUCUAGCAGCCCAGAACCUCCAUCCACACGCAAACCUGGUCCCCUUAGCCUCUUGGUCCGCAAAAUGGAGUCUGAAGGUGUGUUUGGUAGUGCACAGAACAUAGAGGUGAAGGGUGAAGGGGACAUGGAAGUUGAAGAGCAGGAACAUAGUGAAGCAGCAGUGCAAGACUCAACUCGGGAGCUUUCUAGGACAGAUGUGUCCUCCUCAGUAUCCACAAUGCCCCCUGAUCAACAAGGUAUUCAAGAUUCUGAGUUGGAGAAAGGGGAAGAUGAGCCAAAACCAAGUGAGGAGACGCAAAAUGAGAAAGUGGAUGAGACUUCUGUACCAUUAUGUUCGACUUCGACCACCACGCGCUCAUCUAGGAGGCAACGCAUUUUCUCUGAGGUCCCACCACCUGAGUCACUCAUGUCACCUUCCAAACCUGAGCAGUUGUCAAUGCUCACCUCCAUUUCAAAAGGCUCUGAAGAUUCUCCCAUGGAAACGGAGGAAUUUACAACAACGCCUGCAUCAAAACACAAAGAGGACAAAGAAUUGAAGGGUUUGAAUAAUGAGGCACCAGAAGAGUCACCUAAACCAGCAGACGAAAAUAAAAAGGCCCUAACUUCACCUCAUGCUACAUCUGAAGAAGAAAAGAUGGAUAAAACAAGAGACCGUUCAAAGAAAGAUAAAAGACGCUCCUCAACAUCAAGUCAGUCGUCAUCAUCUGAUGCGGAUUCAGAAUCAUCUUCCUCUCAUUCUUCAAGCUCUCCUUCACGUGAUAAAUCCAGCCCAACCAGCAAAACGAAGGAUGUAGAAGAGAAAGGACGAAAAGGUGCUGAAGAAAAGAAGGCUCAGUCUUCAAGGGAGGUAAAGCAGGAAGCUCUCUCUGAGCCUACAGGCCAAGUUGCCAUGGAACUGGAGGGCCUCUCUCAUUCAGAGAGUGCUGUGCAACAGUCCGACCACCAGGGGGCAGAUUCAAGCGACUCCCGCCCAGAGGAGAGCUCUGCUGCAAAAUCGUUUGCUGCCCGCAAGAUCUCCCUGAGCAGUAAAACAGAGAUUGCAUCAUCUGAGUCAGAGCCGGUGGGGGGAGCCAGCAGGAAGAGACGGUGGGGUUCCAGUACAGCAGUCACAGCCAAGAAACCAUCAAUCAGCAUCACCACUGAGUCGCUGAAGACAUUAAUUCCAGACAUCAAGCCCCUGCAGGAGGCAGUAGUGGAUUUGCACCCAGAUGAGGGCCGUCUCUCUGUGGAUGAGGACUCCUCUGGCCCUCGUGAACGAGAGGAACCGGAAGAGGAUCAGGGCCUGAAAAUCAGACGCACAGUGACACAGAUUGUUCCAUCUGAUGGACACGAGAAUGGCCAGAAAGAAAUGGACGAGAAGGAUGAGGAGGAAGAUGAAGAUGAUGAAGAAGAAGAGCAGAAACACUCGGGAGAAGAAAAGGAGAAACCUAGGAAACAGGAAAGCUCACCUGAUGCUAGUGUGGAAACACCAGAAUGUGAUUCUCAAAAAGUCACACCCAGUGAUUCUUUAGUAAGGCGCUCCAUCAGUCAGCAGAAGUCAGGUGUGUCCAUCACUAUCGAUGACCCCAUACGAACGGGCCGCCAGCUUUCUCCUCCUCGUGGAAAAACCUCCAACAUCAUACAUGUCCUUCACCUGGUGCGGCCUUUCACCUUAGGCCAGCUGAAGUUAUUAUUAAAUCGGACUGGCACAAUGGUGGAGGAGGGUUUCUGGAUUGAUAAGAUCAAGUCUCACUGUUAUGUCACAUACUCCACUGUAGAGGAAGCAGUGGCCACUCGAGAAGCACUACAUGGUGUGAAAUGGCCAGCAAGCAAUCCCAAAGUACUACGUGUGGACUUCAGUGACCAGGAUGAGUUGGACUUUCACAAAGGUCUGAUCUCUGGUGAACGUGCGGGUGUAGGUCAUGACCCUAAAGCCUCAGGACCGUCCAGCCGGCCCCCCGCCGCUCAUCCACCGAUCCCUCCUCCAAACCAUGAAAAAGAGAAGGAACGCGAGAGAGACAGAGAUGGAGGUUCUUCAGCUGUCAGAGACCAGUGGGCUGAGAGAGAAAGGGCCAUGGAGAGGAGAGAGAGGACCCGUUCUGAGCGGGAGUGGGAUCGGGAUAAAGUCAAGGAUUUCGGGCGGGAGGAGCGAGACAGAACGAGAAGGUCUCGAUCGAGGGAGCGAAGACGCAGAGAGAGAGGCAAGAGUAAAGAGAAGAGGACGGAAAAGAAAGAAAAACCAGAAGAGCCUCCUGUUAAACUGCUCGAUGACCUCUUCCACAAAACUAAAGCGGCUCCCUGUAUAUACUGGUUACCCCUCACAGAUGAACAGGCAACACAGAGAGAUCAGGAGCGAGCCGACCGCAUCAAGGAGCGAGAGAAGAGGAGGAAGGAAAUCUUUGAGGAAGAAGACAAAAAACGAAAAGAAAGAGAGCAAGAGAGAGCAAAAGGCCGCGACCGAGUGGGAGGAAACACAGCAGAAACCAGAGCUGGAGUUCCCAGACGGUCAACCGAAGGGGAGAGAGACCGAGGGAAGGGCGGAGAGAGAGAAAGAGGAAGAGAGGCGGACAAGAGGAAAGAUGCACAGAGAGGCCAACGUGACUCCAAAACCACCACAGCAGCGGGCAACAGACGCUCGCAGAGCCACAACAGCACCUCCAGAGACAGACGACACUGAGAGAGGAUGGAAGAUCAGAGUCGACAGGACCACCAUUUCACACAGGAUCACGAUUCUUCACACAAACUACAUUUACUCACUCUCAUGUCAUUCCAAACCUGUAUUUAUUUGAAGAACAACAGAUUUGUUUUCAUAAAUGGUUUAUACGCCAGAUUGGACCCCCUUAACUGCGAAAAAUGUUUGAUUAUGCUUCACAAAAUGGUCAGAAAUAAGGGAUUCUUCACCUAAAAAUAAAAAUGGUCAUCAUUUACUCAUCCUCCAAACCUGCUUGAGUUUCUUCUGUUGAACACAAAGGAAGAAUGCUGACUUCCAUAGUAAUUUUAGGUCCAACUAUAAAUGUUAAUGGCUGCCGGUUUCCAACAUUCUUCAAAAUACCUCCUUUUGUGUUCACCAGAAGUUUAGUGACAAGUUUGACCUGCUUGACAGAGUAAAUUAAGUUUUAGUUUUUGGGGUAAACUGACUCUUUCAAUGGACAUGAGAGCGAGUAAAUGGCCGUUUCUGUUCAAGUGAACAGUCCCCUUCAUCAUUUCAUUCAGUUUUAAUGGUAGUAAUGCACACAUUUAAUCAUCCAGAUCUGAUUUAAAGCAAAUACAA